CGAGCAAGAAAACCAGUCUCUGAGAUCCCACACUUAUAAGAGUGUGAGAUUCAUGGAAUAUCGUGCUGCACCUCCUCCUCCUCCUUUCGGCCUUGCACCAUUAUUCACAUGGAAAUUUUGCAUCAUCUUCGCCCUUUUCGUGGUCCUUCAUGCAGGAGAGGGUGGAACAGGAGUCAGAGCAGCAGCACCCUGCCACUCCAGUCAAAGGUUGGCCCUUUUACGAUUCAAGCGGAGUCUAUCUCGUGGAUCGCAGACAUUGUUAGGUAGUUGGCAGAACGAAAGUGAUUGUUGCAUGUGGAAAGGAGUAUCCUGCGAUAACACCACCGGCUUCGUCACCGAGCUCAACAUUUAUAAUCUCGGAGUACAAGUAAGUGAGCCAGAUGAUUCCUUGUUUGAGCUUCGUCACCUUCGCCAUCUUGAACUCGGCCGCAAUAUUAUUGGUGGUGUGAUCCCUUCAAGACUGACAGACCUCACUGAACUCACCAAUCUUGGGCUCUCCUAUUGCAACUUCACUGGAACCAUUCCUGAAUUCUUCAAACAACUUUCCAACCUAAACCUUCUGGACCUUAGCGGCAAUGGUUUAAGGGGACAAAUUCCUCCAUGUCUCCUAAACCACCCAACCCUUCAGACGCUGUACCUCGGCUUCAACAACUUAAACGGUUCGCUCCCCGAAGUUGACAAUGGAGUUUCCGCAUUAAAGGUGCUCUACUUCUCCCCCAACAUGUUGCAUGGGGGGAUUCCUGCUUCAAUACGCAACUUGCAACAUCUUGAGUUGCUGGAAGCAACAGGGAAUAAAUUUACUGGUAUUUUGCAUCUCUCCUUGUUUCAAGACAUGAAGAAUCUUUCAUAUUUGUCCCUUUCUUCUAAUGAAUUGACCGUUAGGUUGCCCAAACUGGUUGACCGUGUCCACCGAACUGAAAUAUUUUCACGUCUAGAAGUACUCCAGUUAAGUGCUUGCAACAUUGAGGGGGAGUUUCCUUGGUUUCUCCAAAAUGCAAAGGGCCUUGAAGUUUUAGACCUUUCAGACAAUAACAUAAGCGGCAAGCUGCCGGCAUGGGUGUGGGGCCUACCAAACCUUCAAGCUUUGUUUUUGUCUAACAAUGUGAUCCAUGGUUUCGAGGAAGCAGUCAAUAUUAGUGUUUCGAUGAACUUAGCCAUGUUGAACCUCAAUGAGAACCAACUUCGGGGGCAGAUUCCAAGAGGGCUUAUCUGUGGUCUCAACCAUUUAGAAAAAGUUGAAUUAAACAACAACCAAUUAACUGACAAGUUAACAAGAUUACUACACAACUGCAGCAGCAAGAUCAAGCGUGUACUCGACCUUUCAUAUAAUAGACUCAGAGGUAGCUUGCCAAAUAAUUGGCUUACAAGUUUUUGUCAGUUAGAGGUGUUGGACUUGAGCAACAAUCAACUUCAUGGCCCAAUUCCAGACAAGUCUGAGAUUAGCUCUGCUGCACCGUUAAGUGUCCUCAACCUAAAUGACAAUAAAUUGGUUGGUAGGCUUCCAAGAUCUCUUUCUAACUACAGCCAAUUACAGGUUCUAAAUUUUGCUGAGAAUGAUUUGCGUGAUGUUUUUCCCUUUUGGCUCAGUCAUUUGAAUCAUUUGCAUGUGUUGCUGUUACAUACCAAUAGAUUUUAUGGCUCCAUCUUGUCUCCCUUCUCCGAGCAUAUAUUUCCUUCGUUACAAAUCCUAGAUAUUUCAAGGAACCAGUUUACCGGAAGUCUCCCACCUAAGCUUUUUCAAAGUUUUUACUCUAUGAUGAGGAAGAAACCAGAGUUUGACCAAGAAUUUGAAAGUUUGCUUCCAUAUGAAGAAGAGAUUAUAUUAACCAUCAAGGGGCAGACCGGAAUGCAAGAGAUCAUGGUCAUUUUAACAUUUAUUGAUUUUUCUAACAAUCUUUUUGCCGGAAAAAUUCCUGAAGAGAUCGGUUUAUUGGAGGGACUUUAUUCAUUGAACUUGUCCUGGAACUACCUAGACGGCCCUAUCCCGAAGUCAUUGGGACAUUUGCAGCAGAUGGAGUCACUUGAUCUUUCUCACAAUCAUUUAUCGGGAAGUAUACCAGAAGAGCUAACGAGAGACACAUUUCUCUCUGUGUUGGACCUGUCGUACAACGACCUUCAAGGGAGAAUCCCUCAAGACAACCAACUCGCCACAUUCAAUGCUACUUCAUUUGAUGGGAAUCCAAGGCUCUGUGGACCACCGUUGCCAAUAUCGUGUCCAACCAGCAAGAAUGGCUCUCAAGAGUCCAUCCACCGUGUUGAAGAAAAGGCUCCACAUCCGUGCUGGGAGUAUGUAGCAACAGGAUCAGUUGGCUUUGCAGUAGGUCUGUUGACAAUGGCAUUACCCACCUUGUUCAUUAGACGAGUGGAAAUCUGGUACUGGGAUCGUGUGGACAGGGCGCUUGAGGCAUUAAUGUUCCUACUCAAUCAUUGAUUUGGUUUGUGCAAGGAAUAUGUGUUUUUCUUUUGCUGCAGUUUUCUACGCCGUAAUCUUUAUUUAUGAAGCUACUUCUUAGAAGGGCGAGUGUUUAUCCCCUGUUAUUUCGUGUUUGCAUUUGAGAUUGUAGGUAUUGUGAUUUUCCAAUGUAUUACUUUUAUGGAAUAUAUGC